AUGCCGUCGCCCUCGCAGGCACCUAUUGCAGGCAUGGGCCUACCCCUAUCCGCUCCAUCAGCUUCACACGUCCCGCCUCCUGUGCCCUCCACUGCACUGUUGGCGUCGUACCUGUUGAAACAAAGCGCAGGCAAGUGGAAGCGCAAGCGCUGGAACCAGCGGUGGUUCGUCUUGGACCAGGACAAGGGCGUGCUCCGCUACUUCCGCUAUGCGUCGCCUCUCGCGUCUCUAGACUUGCGACAGGACGCCCACGGCGUGUUACAGCUCAAGCAGAAAGGCGUCUCGCUUGUCGUGCAGGGGCGGUUACCCGCUGGUGUCCCUUUAACGCCCUUUUGCUUUUCAAUUUUGUAUGGAGACGAAGGACAGCAAGAAGUGAGGCUUUGCGCGGACUCGGACGUGGACUUCCGGAAGUGGACGAUGGCAGUUGCAGCGCUCAUCACUCCGUUGUCGAGCAACGGGCUGUUGAAAGCUCGAGACACUGGGGGAGAGCGACCGACUGGAGCGUCGGUUCCGUCAUCCUUGUCAGUGGCAGUUGAUGCUACUGUUUCGUCGCCAUUAGUGCGAGCAGGCGAUGGACUCGAUGCAAAGACGACGACAAGGAAUGCUGAGGUUGUCGAGAGAGUGAGGGGGAUCGAGGUAGAGCCGAGACAGGUAAUCGAGCAGAUGUACGCGAUCCUUUGUGGCAACAAAACUGUGCUACUCGCGUUGAACCCUGCUAUUGUAAUUGCGCGAUGUGUCAACAUGUCAACGUGGUGCUUCGUUGCUCUCGUAGCGAACGCGGUGGUUAUAUGGCUACUGUGGUUUCGAAAAAUGGAGUCUCAUUACAAAUACUUGUCCUCACGACCACCUUCACGAACGAACGAUGCUAUUCCGCCACCCACAUCAUGUGCACAAGCUAAGAGCGAUUUUGACGAUCUAAAAGACGAAUCAAGCACCAAGCUGGAGGCCGAUCGUACAGAAGCACAAGCCUCAAGUAGCUGCUUGUCGUCGAAGCGUGCACUGUUUUUGGGUAAAAUUGAUGGCAUAAAAGUGUCAGCGGGAUUCUCGUUGAAGAUGGGUACAGCUGCAUCAACGGAAACUGGAACUGGAUGCUGGACGCACGUUGAUGCGACUCGUUUCGAUGUUCGUCAAGGUCCGAACUACCGGAAGACUAAGCUCAAAUCUGCGUCAGCAUCUGCUUUAUUGGAACUCGUCGCUGUUGACAUCUACCAGUCCGAUGUCAAGGUCGACAACGUCGGAAGCGUCGUCAAUCUCAGCGUACUGAAACCCGUUACAGGAGACCUGGAUCUAUUCAUUGUAAAUUGCCAAGUUCCUUCUUACCAACCUUCAAAUCCGCUGUGGGGUGAGAAACAAAGCGAUGGUGCAGGUUUCAACUUUGUGACGUACUUUGCGAUCCCCCCAGCUAUCCGAGAGAUGCUCGACAGAAGAGAGGAACCGUCGCUCCCGGCUGUUCGUCUACUCAAAGACUUCAUGCAGCCAGACAGCUGGGCGAGCGAACGGUUCAAGGCAAUCGGCGUUGUGGCAAACCCUCAGGAACAGCAGUUAGGACGAGCCGAACGUCACUUGCUUGAAACUUACAACGGUCAGCCGAUUCUCACUCGUCCUCAGCAUGAGUUUCACCGCGGCGACGGAUACUUUGAGGUCGACGUGAAUGCACACGACUUUAACUAUAUCGCGCGCAAGGGACUCGUAGGUAUAUCUAGUCAUGCUUGCAGCAUGGUUCUGGACUUUGGCUUUGUCUUGGAAGGACAGGAAGACCACGAGUUACCGGAACAAAUUCUGGGUUGUGUGCGGCUCUGCAAGGUUGACAUAUGUAGCGCCCCGAGUCUGUCGUAG